AUGUCGUCGAGCGCGUCUAAGGAAAACAUUCACAAAGAGAAGCAGGCAGCUGCUCCUACGGUGACCACCACUGCUGUACCGGCCAGUAAGGCUCCUAGUAAGGGCAAGAAGGAGAAGGAGGUGCAUAAUGCCGAACUGUACGCCGCUAUCCAGGAGGCCAACAUCAACCCCUGGAGCUGGACCUCUAUCCACCUCUACUUCGCUAUCUUUAUCUCUUUCUGCUGUGCUGUCGCCAACGGCUACGAUGGCUCUCUCAUGACUUCCAUCAUUGCCAUGCGUCACUUCGUUGAAGUUUUCAAGCCAAAGGAGGGUACUAAUGAGUCUGUUAUUUUCUCUCUGUACACUGUCGGUGCCAUGGUUGGCGCUCCUUUUGCUGCUACUCUCUCCGACAAGUUCGGCCGCAGGAAGGCCAUGUUCUGCGGUGGCGCCGUGAUCAUCAUCGGUAUGAUAAUCAUCUCAACUGCCAUGAAGUUCGCCCAGCUGGUUGUCGGGCGCUUCGUCCUUGGUCUUGGUAUUGCUAUCAUGACUGUCGCCGCCCCCGCCUACUCGAUCGAGAUUGCUCCUCCCCAUUGGCGCGGUCGCUGUACCGGUUUCUACAACUGCGGUUGGUUCGGUGGCUCUAUCCCGGCUGCCAUCGUCACCUUCGCCACCAACUACAUCGACAACCACUAUUCGUGGCGCAUCCCUCUCAUCCUUCAGGCGUUCGCUUGCGUCAUUGUCAUGAUUGGCGUCUUCUUCAUCCCUGAGUCUCCCCGUUACCUCAUGGCCAACGGUCGCGAUGAGGAGGCCUUCGCUUUCCUGGUCAAGUAUCACGGCAACGGUGACCCAAACUCCCGCCUUGUCCGUCUUGAGAUCGAGGAGAUGCGCGAGGGUAUCCGCCAGGACGGUAUCGACAAGGUCUGGUGGGACUACCGCCCUCUGUUCCUCACCCAUAACGGCCGCUGGCGUAUGGCCCAGGUGCUCAUGAUCUCCAUCUUCGGCCAGUUCUCUGGUAACGGUCUUGGUUACUUCAAUACCACUAUCUUCAACAACCUGGGUGUCGACAGCAUCCCGGCUCAGCUUGGCUACAACAUCCUCAACCAGGGCCUGUCUGCAUUUGGUGCUCUGACGGCCGUCUCGCUGACCGACCGCAUGCCCCGCCGCAAGGUCCUGGUCAUCGGCACCUUCAUGUGCGCUCUCGCUCUGGCUACUAACGCUGGUUUAUCCGAGAAGAUGGCCCAGCUCGAUGCCAAGGGCCUUUUCUCUGCCUCGUACGGCAAGGGUGCUCUCGCCUCUUACUUCCUCUUCAACAUCAUCUACUCCUUCACCUAUACCCCGUUGCAGGGUGUCAUCCCCACCGAGGCCCUCGAGACCACAAUGCGUGCCAAGGGUCUUGCCCUGUCUGGCUUCAUUGUCAACGCAGUCGGCUUCAUCAACCAAUUCGCAGGUCCCAUUGGUUUGAAGAACAUCAAGCACCGCUACAUCUUCGUGUUCGUCGGCUGGGAUGUCAUCGAGGCCAUUGCUUGGUAUCUCUUCGGUGUCGAGUCUCAGGGUCGUACUCUCGAGCAGCUCGAGUGGGUCUACAAUCAGCCUAACCCGGUCAAGGCCUCCCUCAAGGUCGACAAAGUCGUUGUUGAUGAGGAGGGCAAGGUCACCGAGAAGCUCGAGGCCUAA